UGCAAGGCACCUCUGUCUGUGAAGACCAAGAUGGGUGAAGUCCAGGCCACAGUGGAGUUCUCUGUGGAGCUCCACAAGUUCUACAAUGUGGACCUGUUUCAAAGAGGAUUCUACCAGAUCCGUGCCAAUAUGAAAGUACCACCUAGGGUUCCUCACAAAAUAGAGGCCAAUCUGCUCCACCCAGCAGGCUCUGAUCUGGCCUUCCCUGCGUCGGUCCAGGAUGACGUCAUCUGCAGCAAAACUUUUCAAAUCCUGUAUAAGAAUGAGGAGGUGGUGGUGAACGAUGUCCUUCUCUUCAAAGUCAUGAUGCUGUUGGAUGAGAAGAGGGUGGAAGAGUCUCUCACUGACAUGGAUUUCCAGCUCUUCUUGGAAUUGUUCUUUACAGAUGGUGACUACACGCCAGAUGAUCCGAACUCACUUCAGAACAUCAGCAGCCGCACACUACGUUUGCACUUUAGCCUCCAGCGAGGCAUCCACCAGCACGUCAACGUCAUGUUCGACUACUUCCACCUGUCUGUCAUCUCCAUAGCUAUCCAUGCCUCCCUUGUGGCUCUGCAUCAGCCCCUCAUCAGUUUUCCUCGGCCAGUAAAGACCACAUGGCUGAACCGUAAUGCCCCGGCACAGAACAAGGACUCUGUCAUCCCACCCCUGGAGAACGUCGUGUUCGGCAGCAACUACAUCAAGCAGGUGUCCCCAGAUGGCAGGACAUUCCUGGUGUCUGAACACUGUCUGCAGCAUGCCUUCAGUCUGCACCACAGCCUUUGUGCCAGUCUACUACUCGCCUACCAGGGCCUCUUUGACUAUUUCACCUCUGUCACUAAGGAUCUCCCCUCCUCCCACCGCAUGGAGCUAGCCAAACCCAGCUUGCAAGUCCUAUAUGAGAGAGUUCUCAGAAGACCCUAUCCCCGAACCCAAAGGCACGUCUACAUAGAGAAACUUGACUUAGAGGCCCGUCUGGCAGAGCUUUGUGAACAAGUCAAGCAAAAAGCAGAGACACCGGAUGAGCUUUCAGAGCUUGUGAACAUGAAUCUGGCCCAGCUCUGCUCUCUGCUCAUGGCCCUCUGGGGACAGUUCUUGGAGGUGGUGUCCCUGCAGGAGAAUGUUGCCGCCCUGUUGGCCAUGGAGCACCAUACACUCAGAGUUAGACGGUUUGCUGAGGCGUUUUUCUGUCUUGAACACCCAAGACAAACUGCAUUGGCCUAUCAAGAAUUACAUGCUCACAGCCACCAGCAGAUGACAAAUGCUAUCAAAAGCUCGAGCUACUUCCUGUCUUUACCCCCACUUCCUGUGGAAUGUGCAGACCUGGAUGGUGACGUCAGUUCCCUGCCAAUCAUCUUUGAGGAUAGAUACCUGGAUUCCAUCACUGAAGAUCGUGAUGGACCCUGGCUUGGCAUUCACAGUACAAGGGCUGGCUCUGUGUCCAGUAAGGCAGACAAACCUAACUCCAAGGAUGCUAAUGCAGCAGCCAAUUUCCCUAGCCCCAUACCUGACUCCCGAUAUGCAGCCAUGGACACCACCUGGCCUGAUAACUGCGAUCCACCACCCAAAUCCAAGGGCAAGUCAGUCAAACUGAAGAAGAAUUCCAAGACUGAGAAUUCCAAGAAGCUCAUCAGACAAGGCUCCAAGGACUCCGUAGUUCUGGUGGGCUAUAAGAACCUCAAGGCUCCCUAUAGUGACUCUAGCAACAAGAGCAAGGAAGGGGAGGUUCCCCUGAAUCAGGAAGAGGAACGAGAUGCAUUGCAGGGGGAUUCCAGCAGUAAUUUAUGGACUAAUGCCAAUUCUUGUUAUGAUUCUGGUGCCACAGCAACACAUAUUGGAAGCAGUGCAACUGAUUCUUCCGCAGAUGACAAUAAAAUUAUUGCUGCUAGUCAAAAAAGUCACUACAAAAAUCUCAUGAGCAUGGACAUAGAGAAUAAGCCUCAGGCGGGCACUGGGGCUGUAGCUACACAUAACCAAGUAGUGCAUAAAGAUGAUCAAAUUGAGCACUGUAGCCAAAAGCUGCCACAAAAGGCUACUGGGCUUAGGCACAUUGAUGUUAAACCAAGUAACAAAGACCCCUUCCAUGGGGAAAAAGUCACAGUGUUUCUACCUUGUCGGACUGAUGAGACCCUGAGGAGAGAUGUUCCUGAGAUCAUCCAGACAGAGCUCUGUGACUCUAAACUGUCCAAAGUAGACUACGGUGUUUUUGAAAGGCCUGAUAAAGAGGCAACAACACAGCUUAGCCGGCCAGGUUUGGUCCCCCUGCAAACUAAAGGUGAUUGUAUCAGGCUCCCAGAUGGAGGAGUCCCUAGUGCCUCUUCCCGCCUUUCAGACUCGGGCAUUGAGAGUGAGCCCAGCUCUUUUGCAGCCCAACCAGCUCCAGGACCCCAUGGUUGUGCAGGGCUAGCUUCAGCUGAAUCAGACGGGGGGCUUCCACACUCUGAGAGGUCCAUCCUUAGCGCUGCACUACGGCCUGUCCAGCACAGCUCUACGCAGAGAGCCACUGGGGCAGCAGAGGGACUUUACCCAGAAAGCACCAGUGCUGUCAGCGGAGUCCAGUCCUCUCUCACCUCCAUCAACUCGCUGCCAUCAGAUGAUGAGGUAGAGAGCUCCUCCAGGGGCUCCAGUGGAAUUGAAAUCCGAGGCAGGAAGUCAAGUGUCUUAGUGCAGGAGCAGAGUGUAGUAUUCUCUGGGAAUUUCACUAACCAGCCAACCAUUGACUCUACAGUAGUCUACCCAGUGGCUCCACCAAAACUCAAUCCUGGCACCUGCAACCCUGACAACACUGCAGGUCAAUCCCAGCCCACCAGACCUUCAGCUGAGCUGGAAGCGGAACCCAAAUUAAUGGGUAUUUUUCAAGUGGGAUUAGAGGGAGCAGUGGACCGAGGGGGCAUUAGAGAAUCUUGCAGUGAACCCCACACCGCUUGCCCUUCCAGUAAUUCUGCGACAAGUAGUACUGACCUCGUGAAGCGUGGGAUGGUGGAAAACUACUUUGGCUCACGUUCUAGCACAGAUGUGUCUGAGAUCAGCCCCUUGGAGACGUCCGCCAUCACUCUGGGAAUCCAGACGGGGCCGCAGGAUGAGGAAGAGGAUGAAACUGAGCACGAGAUGAUUGAGAAUGGUUACUAUGAGGAGGGGGAUGGUUAUGCCUUCGUCAACGGUGUAGCUGAUGAAGAAAGGAGUGGUGAGGGAGAAUCUGUCGCUCAAGAGACAAGCAUCCUGUUUGAACAGCUUGGUCUGGAAUACCUCCAAGAAUCAAAGGAUUUAACAAGAGCCCCCAUCUGCUCCAGCCAAGGCACCGGAAGUGUUGGCUUCAGCCAGGGGAGACCUCCCUGUCCCUCCCUCUCCCUUUCCUCUUGCCUGCACUGGUAUGAAAGUGCCCCCACGCAGCAGAUGAAGAUGUUUAUCAAGGCAAAGGAGGAGAUGAAGCAACUGAGACUACCUGGUUUGCUGUACAGCGAAGUGCCUGAGCUUGCAUCCACUGUGCCCUACUUCAGUAUGGAGGAGGAUGAGAGCUGUGAGGAAGGCAUCCACCUCAUAGUCUGCGUUCACGGCCUGGAUGGCAACAGUGCAGACCUGAGAUUGGUAAAGACUUACCUGGAGCUAGGAUUGCCAGGAGCUCGUAUUGAUUUUCUCAUGUCAGAGAGAAACCAGAACGACACUUUUGCUGAUUUUGAGUCGAUGACGGACCGGCUGCUGGAUGAAAUAGUCCAGUACAUCCAGAUAUACAAUCUCACAGUCUCAAAGAUAAGCUUUGUAGGUCACUCUUUGGGGAACCUAAUAGUACGCUCAGUGCUGACCAGGCCCAGAUUUAAGUGUUACUUGAACAGACUGCACACCUUUCUCUCCCUCUCUGGACCUCAUCUGGGCACACUGUACAACAGUUCUGCUUUGGUCAACACCGGCCUGUGGUUCAUGCAGAAAUGGAAGAAGUCAGGCUCACUCCUGCAGCUCACUUGCCGCGAUCACUCUGAUCCUCGUCAGACUUUCCUCUAUAAGCUCAGCAAGAAAUCUGGCCUGCAGUUUUUCAAGAAUGUGGUGCUGGUUGGUUCCCUUCAGGACCGCUAUGUCCCCUAUCAUUCAGCUCGCAUAGAGAUGUGCAAAACGGCACUGAAGGACAAACAGUCAGGCCCCGUGUACGCCGAAAUGAUCGAGAAUCUGCUGCUGCCCGUACUUCAGAACAAAGGCUGUAAUCUCGUACGCUAUGAUGUCAUUCACGCCCUGCCCAACACGGCCAACUCCCUCAUUGGCCGGGCCGCCCACAUCGCGGUCCUUGAUUCCGAGAUCUUUCUGGAGAAGUUUUUCCUGGUCGCAGGCCUCAAGUUCUUCCAGUAGAAGACAGACGCUCAGCAUGAGCAGCAUGGCGGUGUGAGGAGACUGCGGAGCUGUUACCUCACCGCAUCGCAACCCCACCGGUCAUGAAACCAACGCUCGUUUUUAUACGCAUAUACUUCCUUGUGGAAGACAUGAAAUCAGUGUUGCUUAUGUUCCAUGUUCUGACUUUUUUUUGGAGAUGGAGUUUGUCAUUUUUUAUUUUUCUAUUGCCCUUCUUUGUAAAUUUCCGUUGCUUUUUUUUUUUUAUGUGUUUGGAAAUCAUACCCACUAUGAUAUGGUCAUUUUCAGUGUUAUUUAUGUCAUUCCUUAGGCAUUAAUUUUUUUUUCCUUUCUCCUUUUUCUCCCUCAUCAAGCGAUUCAGUGGAAUUUAGAUGGCGAACUGGAAGUGUAGCUGCUAAAAAUAUUUGUUUCGGUGAGCCGGCCCAAGUCAAGUCUGCACAUAUUGUCCGUUUUGGGUUGUUUUGUUUUUUUCUCUCUCUCCUCACAAAUUUCAGACGUACUCUGCAUUAAUUUGCAGCACCACUGCAUUUUACAAGCUUUUGUACUGAGAAUGGUCAUUUGUACAAUUACUUUUUUAUCAACUCUUUUCCAUCAUUUUUAAAAGCAGAGAUUGUAGUUGACCCGGAUUGUUGUUGGGACUUCGCUGCGUCGGCUCCGGUCUCGUCGUACUGUAAUGCUGUCGGGUGCCGCUGCAGCACUCUGCACAACAUUCGCCCAGCCUGGUGUUGGGAGCGUUCAGCUUUGCCUAAAUCAUGAACAUUUUACUAAAGGGGUUUUAAGCAAUGAUGGUGGCUGAGCAGAAGCACAUGUAUGCUAUGUGAGUUGCAGGCUGAUUGAAAGCAUUUGAUUGGUAUUUUAUGGGUAUUAUUUAUGUUUUAAACUGGAAAGUGUUGCUUUAAAUUUAAAAAAAAUAUAUAUAUUGUUUCUCAGUCAAUGGUUUAUAUAUCGUCACACUACCAUUAAA